UCCCUCAGUGACGGAAUGAAGGGGCUGGGCGUUCUGGCUCGGGAGGACCCCGCCGCGGCCCCGGAAGCGCCUCGUCCCGGGUGGUGGUGGCGGCGGUCGCCGUGAUGUCUGCGGGGCUGGGUGGCUGACCGCCGGGAUAGGAGCGGCACCGGUGCCCCAGAUCUCGGUGGCCGCUGCUGGAGCACGGCCUGCGCCAUGGCCACCUCUGCCAUCUCCUCAGAGCAUUUCGAGAAACUUCACGAGAUCUUCCGCGGCCUCCAUGAAGAUCUGCGAGGGGUGCCGGAGCGGCUCCUGGGGAUGGCAGGGACAGAAGAGAAGAAGAAGCUGAUCAGAGAUUUUGAUGAAAAGCAACAGGAAGCAAAUGAAACGCUGGCAGAGAUGGAAGAGGAACUACGUUAUGCACCUCUAUCUUUCCGUAACCCUAUGAUGUCUAAGCUUCGGACCUACCGGAAGGACCUUGCCAAACUCCAUCGGGAAGUGAGAAGCACACCUUUGACAGCCACACCUGGGGGCCGAGGAGACAUGAAGUAUGGCUCAUAUGCUGUAGAGAAUGAGCAUAUGAACCAGCUACAGUCUCAAAGGGUGUUGCUUCUGCAAGGCACGGACAGUCUGAACCGGGCCACCCAGAGUAUUGAGCGUUCUCAUCGGAUUGCCACAGAGACUGACCAGAUUGGCUCAGAAAUCAUAGAAGAGCUCGGGGAACAACGUGACCAGUUGGAGCGUACUAAGAGUAGGCUGGUAAACACAAGUGAAAACUUGAGCAAAAGUCGAAAGAUUCUCCGUUCAAUGUCCAGAAAAGUGACAACCAAUAAGCUGCUACUUUCCAUCGUCAUCUUAUUGGAGCUGGCCAUCCUAGGGGGCCUGGUUUACUACAAAUUCUUUCACAAGCAUUGAACUUCCUAGAGGGAAGGGUUUGUGGACCAGAACUUUGACCCUCUGAACAAAUGGUGUUAGAGAUGGGGAAGAAGCAUAGUGCUGCUGUGAGGUAAUGGUUCGAGGAUGCCAGACUGUGGGAGGUGAGAGGGGAGACAGAAAACAGCAAUGAGACCAGUAUGAUAUACCAACGUAAUAAAUGCUAUUUAUGACUUCUUUACAUUUACAUAGUAUUCCAACAUAUUAAUACCCUGUGAACUGCCAAAAAACACACAAAUUUACAGUAGUAUUAUUGGUCACCAAAAUGGAGAGGGAAAGCAAACAAUUGUGAGAAUGCGCAAGUGUUCUCAUUUAAGGCAGUAUUGACCCAGACCAUUUAGUGUCUCAAAUGCCUCAUAAUUCUGGAAUGUCCUUCGCGACAAACGUGUCAGCACACAAAAUUUCCUAAAUUCUCACACGUUCUUCCCUUUCUGAUUCAUCUGGUGAAUUGGGAGUUGGAAGUUGGUCAUAGACAAUGUGCCCUCCCUCCCUUGUCUGCCCAAAACUUGAAGCAAUCACAUCCACUGCCAGGCUAGCUGUAGCCUUGGCCUCUUCGUCUGAAGCAGCCAACUGAGGAUUGACUUCAACAAGAUCCAGUGCUGACAACAACCCUGAAAGAACAAAGUAUGACAAAACCUCAGAAGAUAUCCUAGCUGCUACUUUCAGUGAGGGUCAUCCCACUAGACAGAACAAGCCAAGGUAAAAAGUCAUUUUCUACUAUUAAAAUUAUCCACUGUCAGGCAUGAAUUUAGGUUCAAAUACUAUAUACUGGAGUAGGAUUAAAA